CAUGCUAACUUUGUGAAAAGAAUAAAGAACGUCUCCUUUCUACAAUGCCCUCAGUGUCAGUGCUCCGAGAGCUCCUGUAAUCGGCCGGGGCGGGCUCCGCCUCGCAGCGCGCUGCCGCCGCCGGGGCCGGACUUUGGCCGCAGCGGGACGGGCCGGAGGGCGCCGGACGGGGCUGUUCGCUGGUGCCCCACGGAGCGAUCGGAGCUCUGCCCGGCAAGGGAACGCCGCCGGCACCAGCCGAGGGUGCCGGGCCGAGGGUGCCGGGCAGAGGUUCCCGGGCUGAGAGUGCCGGGCGGAGCGCCCAUGGGUGCGGGCACCGCGCUGUGCGCGCCCCGGGGGCUGCCGUGGCGCGGACUUCGCCUCCCCGGGACGAGUGCUGGCCCGCAGGCCGAACACACCGCUAAGCUGCAGUAAAUGCCAUGAGCUGCGAGUGAGGACGCAGCCCGGAGCCACUACAGAAAUACCUUUAAAAGGGCUCUAGUGAGGCGAUCAGUCCGGGCUCGCAAGGAUUUCCAUUCCCUAAGUUGACAAACUCCCGUCAUAGUCUGCAAGACUGGAACCAGACAUGGCACGGACUGCCCUGGUGCUUCGAGAGCUCCAUCACUGCCUGGAUCCCUUGUGCCUAUCUUUGGAUCUGUUUUCCUUUCUACUACUGGUACCUCCGACACAGAAACAAAGGCUACAUCAGGAUGUCCCACAUCUUCAAAGCCAAAAUGGCCCUUGGAUUCAUCCUGGUGAUACUGUGUUUUUCUAACGUCUUCUUCAUGGUGUGGGAGAAAAGCCAAGGAAUCCCACGGACCACAGCAUUCUUCAUUAGCCCUGCUGUGGUGGGAGUCACAAUGGUGCUUGCCUUGUUCCUUACCCAAGCAGAAAGAAUGAUGGGCAUCCAGUCUUCAGGAGUCCUAUUGAUUUACUGGCUGCUCUCAUUUGUGGCUGCACUUGUGAUGUUUAGUUCCAAAAUUCAGCAUGCCCUGGAAAGAGGCUUCCUGGAAGACCAUUUCCACCAUGUUACAACUUACCUUUAUGCUGGCCUGGUGCUAGGAGAAGUUGUGUUAUUCUGUUUAGUUGAUCACCCUCCCUUCUUCUCUAAAGCUGACAACAAUCCUAAUCAGUGCCCAGAAGCCAGCAGCUCUUUUCUUUCCAAAAUCACAUACUGGUGGUUCUCUGGGCUCCUCUGGAAAGGCUCUCAGCAGCCCCUGGGGCUGGAUGACCUGUGGGCAGUGAGGAAACAGGACUCCUCUGAAGAAAUUGUUGCCUGGGCAGAAAGAGAGUGGAGGAAGUGUCAGAGCAGGACCCAGCAGAAAAUGGAGUCUGCUACAUUUAAAAAGAGUCAGAAAACUGAAAGUGGCAUAGCAGAAGCUGAAGAGACAGAGGCUCUACUGCAAUCAAAGCACAGUCAGAGCGGGCCCUUACUGAGAAUGUUUUGGAGCAUGUUUGGAACUUACUUCCUUCUCAGCACUGUCUGCUUAGUUAUCUGUGAUGUCUUCUUGUUCUCCACCCCGAAGGUGUUGAGCCUUUUCCUGAAGUUCAUGGAAGAUGAGGCAGCCCCGAGCUGGCUGGGCUAUUUCUGUGCCUUCAGCAUGUUCCUGCUGGGCUGUCUGCAGAGCCUGUUUGAGCAACGCUACAUGUACAUGUGCCUUGUUCUGGGGAUGAGGCUCAGAACUGCAGUAACAGGGCUCGUGUACAGGAAGAUCCUGGUUAUGUCAAAUGCCUCAAGGAAAGCAGCAACCACAGGUGAAAUUGUUAAUCUGGUCUCUGUUGAUGUGCAGAAGCUAAUGGAUCUGAUUGUCUAUUUUAAUGGGACCUGGCUGGCUCCUAUUCGGAUUAUCAUCUGCUUUGUCUUCUUGUGGCAGCUUCUAGGGCCAUCUGCCUUGACUGCAGUUGCUGUAUUUCUUUUUCUUUUGCCUCUGAAUUUUGUGAUCACCAAGAAGAGGAGUCAGUUUCAGGAAACCCAGAUGAAACAUAAGGAUGAGAGGGCCAAACUCACCAAUGCCAUUCUCAGUAACAUUAAAGUAAUCAAACUGUAUGGCUGGGAGAAAACAUUCAUGGAGAAAGUGCUUGGAAUCCGAAAGCAAGAACUUCAGGCCUUAAAAAGAUCUCAGAUCCUCUUCUCAGCAUCCCUAGUUUCUUUCCAUUCAUCAACUUUCCUGAUCACAUUUGUCAUGUUUGCUGUGUACACCCUGGUGGACAACACACACGUGCUGGAUGCUGAGAAGGCCUUUGUGUCCUUAACACUGAUCAACAUCCUCAACACUGCCCACUCCUUCCUGCCCUUCUCCAUCAAUGCUGCUGUCCAGGCCAAAGUUUCCUUAAACCGCUUAGCAGCUUUUCUGAAUCUGGAAGAACUGAAUCCUGCGAGCCCAAGCAGAAACACUUGUGGCUCUGUACAGGCAAGUAUCACCAUAAGAAAUGGGACUUUUUGCUGGAGCAAAGAAACUUCUCCUUGUCUUAGAAGCAUAGAGCUCAGCGUGCCCCAGGGCUCCCUGCUGGCCGUGGUUGGGCAGGUGGGUGCAGGCAAGUCCUCCCUGCUGGCAGCGGUGCUGGGCGAGCUGCAGGCCACCGACGGCUGUGUCAUCAUGAAGGACACUGCAGCUUAUGUCCCCCAGCAAGCUUGGGUCCUAAAUGCUUCAGUGGAAGAUAAUAUUCUGUUUGGGAAAGAGAUGGAUGAAACGUGGUUCAAUAGAGUGACAGAGGCUUGUGCACUGCACCCUGAUUUGGAGACCUUUCCUGCAGGGCAGAAGAGUGAAAUAGGAGAAAAGGGAAUCAAUCUGUCUGGAGGGCAGAGGCAGAGGGUGACCCUGGCUCGGGCCGUGUACCAGAAGGCCUCGCUGUACCUGCUGGACGAUCCGCUGUCCGCUGUCGAUGCCCACGUUGGGCAGCACAUUUUUGAACAUGUCCUUGGGCCCAGGGGUUUACUGAAGGACAAGCAGACUCGUGUGCUGGUGACUCACACAAUUAACAUUUUGCCUCAAGUGGACAACAUUGUUUUUCUGGUGGAUGGAAUGAUCUCAGAAACUGGUUCCUACCAAGAACUUCUACAGAGAAAUGGGGCCUUUGCAGAGUUUCUUCGUUCACAUGUUACUGCAGAAGAGAAGCCACGUGCUGGUUUUCCAGCUAUGGGAGACACCAAAGGCACUGUCACCACUGGAAAUGGCUCAUCUCAGGAGAAACCCCUCAGUGGUGAUUCAGUAAAGUCUGCUGUGGGAAGGGGAACCAUUCCUGUGAGCCAAGACUGUACCAGUGCUGCAGGCACCAGGGGAGGAUUAACCAAGGCAGAGACAACCCAGCACGGCAGGGUGGGUGCUGGGGUGUAUGGAGCCUACCUGCAGGCAGCAGGCCGUGCCCUGUGUGUGUACAUUGUCGUGUCCUUCGCGUGCCAGCAGGCCGUGGCCUUCUCGCGGGGCCACUGGCUCAGCCUGUGGGCAGAGGACCCUGUGCUCAAUGGGACCCAGCAGCACACACAGCUCCGAGUUGGAGUCUUCGCUGCUCUAGGAGCGGCACAAGCCCUUGGCAGGUUUGCCUGCACAGCAGCAGUGCUGCUGGGGGGUGUCCUGGCCUCACACCAGCUCUUCCUGCAGCUGCUGAGCAGUGUCAUGAGAUCCCCAAUGCUCUUCUUUGAGCAAACACCUGUGGGACACCUGCUGAACCGCUUCUCCAAAGACAUGGAUGCUGUUGAUUCUGUCAUCCCUGACAAGCUGAAGUCUGUUCUGGGAUUCUUGUUCAACUUACUGGAGAUCUACCUGGUGAUUGUGGUGGCUACACCGUGGGCAGCACUGGCCAUAGUGCCCUUGACUGUUCUUUAUGCAGCAUUUCAGCACUUCUAUGUCACCACCUCCUGCCAGCUGAGGCGCAUGGAGGCAGCCAGCAGGUCACCCAUCUACUCCCACAUCUCAGAAACCUUCCAGGGCAGCAGUGUGAUCCGUGCUCACAAGGACCAGCAGAGGUUUAUUUCAAAGAGCAAUUUCCUAGUGGAUGAGAACCAGCGGAUUUGCUUCUCUGGAGCUGUUGCUGACAGGUGGCUUGCCACAAACCUGGAGUUCCUGGGCAAUGGCAUCGUGCUGUUUGCAGCCCUGUUUGCAGCCAUGGCCAGGACACAGCUCAGUCCAGGAACUGCUGGCUUCUCCCUCUCCUCUGCUCUCCAGAUCACUGGUGUUCUGAACUGGAUGGUUCGCUCCUGGACAGACGUAGAGAACAACAUUGUUUCUGUGGAGAGAGUGAGAGAAUACCUGAGGACUCCUAAGGAGGCACCCUGGACUCUGAAUGGCAAACUUCAGGGGCAAGUUUGGCCCACUGAGGGAAGGAUUGAAUUUAGAAACUACAGCCUGUGCUACAGGCCAGGCCUGGAGUUAGCACUGAGGCGUGUCAGUGUGACCAUCAACGGGCACGAGAAGAUUGGCAUCACUGGCAGAACAGGGGCUGGGAAAUCCAGCCUUGCAGUGGGGCUGCUGCGACUGGUGGAGGCUGCAGAAGGAGCCAUCCUCAUUGAUGGACAGGAUAUUGCCCAGCUAGGUCUCCACGACCUCAGAACCAACAUCACUGUCAUUCCCCAGGAUCCAGUUUUGUUUUCUGGCUCCCUAAGAAUGAAUCUCGACCCAUUAAACCAAUACACUGAUGCAGACAUCUGGACAGCUUUGGAACUGACUCAGCUCAAGAACUUUGUUGCAGAUUUGCCAGAGCAGCUGGAAUAUAAAUGCACUGACCAAGGGGAGAACCUAAGCACUGGUCAGAAACAGCUGCUUUGCCUGGCCAGAGCAGUCCUGCAGAAAGCCAAAAUCCUCAUUCUGGAUGAAGCCACAGCAGCAGUGGAUUUAGAAACUGAUGCCCAGAUUCAGUCCAUGCUGAGGACUCAGUUCAGAGACAGCACGGUGCUGACCAUCGCUCACAGGGUGAGCACAGUCCUGGACUGUGACAGGAUUUUAGUCCUGGAAAAUGGCCGGAUAGCAGAGUUUGAUACUCCAGAACACUUAAUAGCUCAGAAGGGACUAUUCUACAGACUGAUGGAAGAAUCAGGCCUUGCAUGACUCACGAGUAUCCCAUAGCACCACCAUCAUCAGAAGUAAUUGACCUCAUAAUUGAGUUAUUUUGGUUUCUCUCUAAAAUGGCUGACUCAACCAAAGCUUGCCAGAACUGCAGCGAGAAGAUGCAAAGGGGUAACUUGGGAUACACAUUAUUUCUAUAGGAAACUCAGCAAUUCCACUCUCCUUAUGCUUCCAGAUACCAAAACCUCACUUGACAGCUGAAAAUGAGCCAGUCACAACUUACUUUUCUGGUAUAAAAGCAAACAAGCCAAAGAGAAAGACGACAGCAUUCCCAGUUUAUACUGUAAACAGAGUCCAAAUAUCCAUCAUACCUCAAGAUUUCACAGAUUAUUUUUAAAAGCAAAGAAUAUCUUAUGGAGAGCAAGGCAGAAUUUAACUGGUAGCAAGAAAACUUAGCUGUUUUCAGUUGAUCUGAAGCUCCAGGCAGAAUAAGUGUUGUAUUUUGUCAAUGUCCUAAGGACUGCUCACCCGGGCACUGUUGUUACACAGCUGUGGACUCCAAGGCAGCAGCUGGAGCUCACCAUCCAAAGGGCACAAACACUGGGGCAGGAGGAAGAGGAGGCAGGAUGCCACUCAGCAGGAGAGCCCGGCUGGGGAUCAGAUCCCUGCUCCAGCAGGAGCCCAGCAGUGCAGGACAGGAACGUGGCUGGCAGUGGCAGCAGAGCAUCCAUCACUCCUUCCACCCAGGGCCUGGGGCAUUCCCACUGCCACGUGCAGGUGCUCACAGCAGGGCACGUCCAAACAUUGACACCAUUUCCAAUUCGAAUUUGGCCACGAGGAAUUGGCAGGGUUGGAAGUGCCCUCCUCUCUGACCCCUGCAGCACACGAGGAAAGCAGCAGGAUCUCACCUGUUGUCCUGAUGGUUCAUUCCUGGUUUUCUCCUUGAGUGCAAGCUGACUCUUGCAUGUGCCACCCUGGUGCUGCAGAGCCUCUGGCAUGGUCUCCUGUCAGAUGUAGCUUUGACAAACCAAAACAGAAGCAGAACCUUGGGCUUCCCACAGUGUCUGCAGCCAGAGCUGUCCCCAGGUCUCUCCUCAGGAAUCACAGGAUAACAGUGACAGACAAACACACUCUGUGAGAUACUGCUCUUUACUGUGACUUUUGUUAAACCAUCCCUAUUUUUCUAGAGAGCUGAAAUAAAAAUAGAAUCGACUGUUGAAAUGGAUCUCUUCAGUAAACUAAAGCAAAUAGGAAAGGGGCAAGGGGGAGGGAAUGGGAGAGUUCCUGCUGCAAGAAUCAACCCAGACUGGCAAAACCCAGCAGUUCAUUCUCCAACAGCUGCUCAGUGGCUGCUCCACCCAAAUCAAGAACAGUUUCUGCUGGGGAAGUGCCUAAGAUAUUUAGGUCCAGUGCCUGCUGCCACACUGGUGCUCAGGUACCAGGAAAGAACUUUUUUCUCUCUACUUUCUCCAGAUCUCAUACGCGAGGGCACAGACAAAACAAUUCCAAAACCAGAUACAAGUUAGGAGUGGUCCACAAAGGUUUAUCAAUGGAUCUCAAAACCUGAAGCAUUUAGAAAAACUGAGAUAAAAGUUAGGUAUUUUUCCUUUUUAACUGAGGCCAAAGAAGAACAGAAUUGCCCAUGUUGCUGGGCAAUUCUGAAACAGACAUCUUUGAGCAUUCCAUAAUCUCCAAUAUAAACAUCUUCAAAUGUUCGUUUUCUGUUCCUAAGUUGGUAAUGAAGAGGGAAGGCAACAGGAGACAAUAAUGAAAACAGUUUUGCACUGGUGACCUUUGAAAGGGCACAUUUUUGCUGUCAGCUAACCCAAACUAAGAGCAAGCAAAAAUACCAUCAGCUUUCACACAUCAAGUUGUGCUGGAAAGGCAAAAGAAAAGCAACUCCCAAAAUUACAUAUGAAAAACCUGCCACGUUCCAGAUGUGCUGGAGUGUCCAGAGAUAUGUCCAAGUACUGUGAUGAAUCUGAAGCUCAAGUCUCACAGGAGUUAUCUGGAAGUUGGUUGAAGCAAAAUAAAUAAAGGAGUUAACACUUGGAGAUAUCAUGAGGGAAAGAAAUGCUACCUUAAAAAAAUCCUUGCCCUAUGAUUCCAAGUUUAAGGCAAUACUGAAACUGCUGAAGCCAGAAAAUAAAUCAAAUGUGUCAUGCAUUGAUUUACACCAAGUUCAUGCCAAACACACUGUGCAAGUGGCACUCCCAGUCCCCAGAUGGUCACAAGAUGCACAGGAAUGCCAAAAUGUUAGAGGUGUCAGUGACCCAAAGCACAGUUGUUCCUGUUGUCACAAUGUGAAAGGAUCUUCGUGUGGGUCACGACUGCAAACACUUUCACAAGUAGCUCUGUUCACACACAUGAAAUAGAGUGGUUGUUGCAGGUCUUAAUAAUUCUGAGCUGGUUUUUUGGCAGAAUCAGCUUUUCCAGAUGUGAGAAUCUUCCAUGUUGCAGUAAAUAAUGUCAGCCAAGAUACAUCAACGUGCACUGAAAUCAGAUACAGUGAAUUCAGCUGUACAGCAGCUCCUCUCCCUUUCCUUGCCAGGGCUCUCCUAGGAUGGGGUGGAAGGGGAGGAUGCAAAGUGUUCCUGGAGGAUGACUGAUCCCGAGCAGGAAAGGUGUCUCUGGUAUUCACAGUUCCUCCCCUGGGUCUCUGCAGGGAGCUCCAUCUCCACCUCAGUGUACAUCACCAGCCACAGGCCCCCUGCUCUGCCCUGCACUCUGUUCCUAUAAACCACGUGCUCUCCAAGCAUCCUCCACCCUUCUGGCCAUCACAGUGCUGCACAAGGGUUUGGGGAUUUGAAAAAACUCACAGCUCAUCCCCAAACUCCCUUACUAGCUCCUGCUCGUUCCAUUUCCACAGAGAACAUUCCCAGCAAGCUCAGGAUGUGGCAGACACAGGCCAUGGACACCACUGGGGGUGACAAAGGUGCCCAGCACUGUGACUCCUGCUCUGCUGACCCAUCACUGUGACCUGCUCUCCUCAGCAAACCACAAAACAAUCCAACUUUAUCACAGCAGUUAUCUACACUCAAGGCUUCUU